GCAAGUUAACUUUGAGGGGCCGUGAUUCCCCACGAAUCAAAAUUUCCCGACGAUUAAUAGUUUUAAUUAAUUAUAAUGAGGUCGGUCCUUAUUUAACGCAACUCAAGAGUGGGAUCUACUCUAUAGAAUGUUGUUCAUUAUGAUUCUGAAUACAACGUUCUGAAGCUGCCGCUGAUCCCGGUCUUAAUUUAUUUUUUAAUGUUCUUUUCACCAACUCUUGUCUGAGAAAUAGGCAGCAGGGACCGUUGCCGCGAGGAUAAACGGGGACCUCAAGUUGUCCUUCACGUGAAGGUGUGCUUAUCUUGUCGACUGAUUCUUGCUUUCAGGAGUGCGAGAGUUCUGUGAAUGUGUGUCUGGCAGAGACAAAAUGCAGUGUGUGAAGCAUUUACUCACUGGAAUAAAAUGGACUUCAGUGAAACUCUGGAUGGGAAGCUCUCUUAUGAAUCCUUUUACUAGUGCAUGCAGGACAACAUCUGGAAGGUUUCAGCAUGGGCCACUGCCAGACGUGAAGCAGAUUAUCUUCGCGAUCGCUGGGAACUUAAAUCCCUCCAGCAUUGGAAGGCCUGGAUCCGCGCAGCAUUACCAGUGUGCACACCACCAGUGCAGGGCACUUAGCACCAGCUCUGCUCAAGCAGAUCCCAUUGAAGAGCACAAAAAGCGACUGAAAGCUUGGUUUGGUUUUCUGCCCAGUGAGGAAAAGCAGUUUGGCUUAUUUUCAGUGGAAAACUGGCACAUAGAGCCAGUGAUUGUUGAAAGUUCUCCUGAAGAGAACAGAGAACUCACAGCAAGACUCGGAAUCUACAGUCACAUUGAACCCAAAGAAUCCAAGAUCAUAAAGCUCAAUAAAGUGUUCUCAUCUGGGUCUAUUGAGCCUCUGGUAAAGAAUGUAGUUUUGUUUGGGAUAGUGGGAAUGGGGAAGGCAACAGUGGUUAAGAGGCUUGUCUUGGACUGGUGUGACGGUGAGUUAAAUGAGUUUGAUCUGAUCCUCCCAUUCUCCUGUGAAGAUUUGUCCUCACAGAAUCAGUCCAUUUCUCUGAACAAGUUGAUCUGUCAGAAGUAUACUCAGCUGAAAUCGAUUGCCCCUCAAAUUGGGUCAGGAAAAGCAGGGAACAUCCUCUUUAUUUUCAAUGGUCUGGAGCAGCUUAAGCUUGACUUUCGCCUCUUAAAGAACAGACUUUGUAAUGAUCCAAAUGAGCCCCUACCACCUGGCAACUUACUCGUCAACCUGCUUCGCAAAUACAUGCUCCCAGAUGCCAGCAUCCUGGUCACAACGCGUCCUUCAGUCUUGCAUUCGAUCCCAACCAAGUAUGUAGACAAGUACACCCGUAUCUGUGGUUUCAGUGAUGUUGCACAGCAGUAUCUGUACUUCAGGAACAGGCUGGAAGUGUCUCAGGACAGUAAAACCAAUGAAGGUUUGUUGAUGAUGCUCUAUAAGAAUAUGGAAAGACAAAGCCAGAUCACAGCAGGCUGCUUUUUACCAUCCUACUGCUGGCUGAUCUGUGUCACGCUGCAUUUCCUCCACUUUACCACUGCGAACAUGCCUGUUCAGACACUGACUGGCAUCUAUACCAAUUUCCUGAGAUUCAAUUUUGGUGGUGAAAUUCUAGACUGCAGCAAUCAGCAAAGCAUGUCAAUUGUGCGAUACAUCGCCAAAACGGUCGGCAAGCUUGCCUAUGAGGGGAUAGAAAAGAAGACUUCAGUUUUCAGUGAAGAGGACCUGCAGAGAUGCUUUGGAUUGGAUGCCAUGUCAGAGGAAGAGUUGAAUCAGGUCACUACAUUUCAGAUUGAUAUGCUGGGCUUUUUCAUGUCUCCCGUUGCUCAAUCUAGCUGUGAACCCCUUCUCAAGUUCACCAUACCUGCAAUGCAAGAGUACUUGGCUGCUCUGUAUGUUGUCUUGGGUGAGAAGAAAACCGUCUUAGAGCAAGUUGGAAACAUGGUGUCUGAAACCAUUGGAAAAGCCAGUGAAGAUGUGACUGCAAUUUUGUCCAUUGUCUCCAAACUGCUGCCGUUCAGAAUUCUGGCUUUUGUAAGGCUCGUAAAUAUUUUCCCACGGAUCUUUGGAAAGAUCAACUGGAAGAGCAAGAAGGCAAUUGCUAACACCAUAAUCUUUGAAAUGUUCAGGCAAGAUGAUGAGUUCAACAGCGAUGUUUUGGAACAAAUAAAUGAUAGCAUUCUUGGAGAGAGGGAAAGUGGUGGAAAAAUGGAUGCUCAGUGCUUUGAGCUCUUCCCAACUUUCAUGGCUGGUUUACUAGCUCAGGAGAAUCGCUCCCUCCUAAGUCAGCUUGGGUGUACGAUAAAGAAUGUAACCGUGCGUGAAAUAGCAAAUAACUUGAAGAAGCAUCUCAGCAGCACUGUCAAUCAGCAAAUGGCUCCUUCAGAGCUCAUGGACCUCCUUAUUUUCCUGUACGAGCUGCAGAAUGAUGCUUUUUCUGGGGAGAUCAGCAGAACCUUAAAUAGUUUGAAUUUAUCUCAAGUUAAGAUGACUUUAUUAAAGUGCAUCGUGAUUGUGUCAGUUAUGAAUACAUCGAACCAUCUAAUUGAGAUGAUGGACUUGAGCCUCUGCAACUUGUCAGGAGACCAUAUAAAAAUCCUCCACCCAAUUCUUUGCAGAUGCAAGAAUCUAAACUUGCAGUUUAACGAUUUGGAGAUUGGUGCCUGGAAGGAGAUUGGCAAUCUAUUACAGGAUCCAAAUUGUGCAAUAGAAAAUCUGUGGCUUUGUCACAACGUAUUGUCAGAGGCUGCGAUUAACAGUAUUGGAACUUCCAUCACUCAGAAUCGUUCUAUUUCCCAUUUCUCUUUGUUUCAUACGUCACUUGGUGACAAUGGUCUGGGAAUCCUUAUGCCAUACAUCAGGGAUAACACAAAUCUAAAGGAGAUUAACCUCGCCAAUAAUCUCAUCACUGAUGAUGGUGCAGUGGCCCUUGUGGCAAUGGUCAAAGAACAUCCAACGCUGGAAAAAGUUCACCUUUACUUAAAUGAGCUCAGCACCUGUGAAAAGGAGAAGCUACAGGCGCUCAGACGGGACCCAGAAGGAGUGAACGUCCUGGUGUCCAUCACAGAAGGGUCGCAUGAUUCCACGCACUGGACGCUGACCCUGAAGAAGAUCGUGCGGAAUGCAGUGAACCGGGAUAAGCAGAGCGCCGAGGAAUACCUUCAGCUCCUGCGGGACGACCUGAGCUUCAGCUGGCAGCAGACGAGGAACCCGUGGAAAAAGAUGAAACUCCUGCAGAUUCAAAACCAGUUUGAGUACUUGCAGCAACAAGUCCAGCAGCAGAAAAAAUAAGUGUGGUCUGGAAAGCUCUUUCUGCUGUGGGAUUUUAAAGGGAUGUGAUUUCAUUCUGUUGACAAUCUAUCUGCCAUCUGUAAUUGUGUCUUUCUUACCAGGGUGUAUUGAGAGUGGAAAGUGUUCCACUGAGGGUUGCUGCAGAUUUGAAUUCUAGUGAAAUGGUGCUGAAGUGUUCCCCUUUACAUGGAGUACAUGAUGCACCAUCAAUAACUCUCGGAGAGGGGAGGCAAAAGAUAGGCUUUUAUUAGCUGCAAACGUGACCACGACAUCUUGGAGACUGAGGGAGGAGCAGUGCCUCCGAUCGCCUUUAUACAGGGGCCUGUGAGGAGCCAUAGGAGCAGUCAGCAAGAAUAGUGCAGAAGUUCAUGGGUUCCUGUGCUGGCUGUUCCAUAUAAUGGAUGGGGAAUAUUUCUUUUGUAAUGAAAAGUAUAUUCUGUAAUGACAUUGCUUUUAAUUUAAAAAAAAAAUCACAUUACAAUGAAAAUAUUGUAUGUGAAAGUAACUAGAACUAGUUGGGUAUGUUCUGUUUUGGAACAAUAUUAUAAAAAGCUUGUUAACUUC